AUGCAAGAUAAUGCAAAGAAAGUAUGGGGGGUCAUCAACCAAUGUGUUGAUUCCUUCUCCUCAACAAGUGACAGUCCCCAAAUGGUUACCGAAGCCGGCGGUCCCCAGGUGGCCACCGAAGAGGAGAGUCCCAAGGUGGCCACAGAACAGGAGCGUCCCCAGGUAGUCACCGAAGGGGAGAAAACCCAAAAGGUCACCGAAGCCAGCGGUCCCCAGGAGGCCACCGAAGAGGAGAGUCCCAAGGUGGCCACGGAACAGGAGAGUCCCCAGGUCGUCACCGAAGGGGAGAAAACCCAAAUGGUCACCGAAGCCAGCGGUCCCCAGGUGGCCACCGAAGAGGAGAGUCCUCAGGUGGCCACAGAACAGGAGAGUCCCCAGGUCGUCACCGAAGGGGAGAAAACCCAAAUGGUCACCGAAGCCAGCGGUCCCCAGGUGGCCACCGAAGAGGAGAGUCCUCAGGUGGCCACCGAAGGGGACACUCCCCAAGAAGUUGCCCGUAGUGCUGCUGCCCAAAAGCCCAAG